GAUUGUUGUACAUAGAGCCGGUUUAGUGUCGUCAAUGGGAAGCACGCGAGACGGUGGCACAGAGAGUUACGGUCUACACCGAUAUCCGCGGCUGCACCAUGCUUUCCAGCUCCAUCCCGUGUCUGUGGAUUACAUUUUGCCUUCAUUUAUGCUGCUGUGUAGACGGCGGACAAGCACAGAAUGCGAAGGAAGUGACUCUGCUGGACUCCAAGGCACAGCAGACAGAACUGGAGUGGAUCUCCUAUCCUCCCAAUGGGUGGGAAGAGAUCAGCGGCCUCGAUGAGAACUACACUCCCAUUCGCACAUACCAGGUUUGCAAGGUCAUGGAGCCCAAUCAGAAUAACUGGCUUCGGACUAACUGGAUAGAGAAGGGCACUGCCCAGAGAAUUUUUGUGGAACUGAAGUUCACCUUGAGGGAUUGUAACAGCCUACCCGGGGUGGUGGGCACGUGCAAGGAGACAUUCAACCUGUAUUACCAGGAAACAGACUCGGAGGUGGGCAGGAGCCUGCGGGAGAACCAAUAUGUGAAAAUUGACACAAUCGCCGCAGAUGAAAGCUUUACCCAGGGUGACCUGGGCGAGAGGAAGAUGAAGCUGAAUACAGAAGUGCGCAUAAUUGGCCCCCUGUCCAGGCGGGGGUUUUACCUGGCCUUCCAGGAUGUAGGGGCGUGCAUCGCCCUGGUCUCUGUCAAAGUUUAUUACAAGAAGUGUUGGUCUAUCAUCGAGAACCUGGCCACGUUCCCGGACACCGUGACGGGGUCGGAGUUCUCCUCGCUGGUGGAAGUGGAGGGCAUUUGUGUAAAUGAUGCUGAGGAGGAGGCCGACAACUCUCCCAAGAUGCACUGCAGCGCUGAAGGGGAAUGGCUCGUUCCAAUUGGGAAAUGUAUAUGCAAAGCUGGAUUUCAUCAGAAAGGAGACGCAUGUGAACCGUGCAGUCGAGGUUUCUACAAGUCUUCCUCCCAGGACCUGCAGUGCUCUCGCUGCCCGGCGCACAGCUUCAACGACCGCGAGGGUUCCUGGCGCUGCGACUGUGAGGACGGGUACUACCGGGCCCUGUCUGACCCCCCCUCUGUGGCCUGCACAAGACCUCCCUCGGCGCCUCAGAACCUGGUCUACAACAUCAACCAGACCUCCGUCAGCCUGGAGUGGAGCCCCCCGGCCGACACCGGGGGCCGCAACGACGUGACGUACCGGGUGAUCUGCCGACGCUGCAGCUGGGAGCCGGAGGAGUGCGUCCAGUGUGGGCCCAACGUGGGCUUCUCCCCUGCGCAGGCAGGAUUAGUGGAGUCCUACGUGAGCAUCAUGGACCUGCUCGCCCACGCCAACUACACCUUCGAGGUAGAGGCUGUCAACGGGGUGUCAGAGCUGAGCCGCACGCAGAGGCUGUUCGCCGCCGUCAGCAUCGCAACCGGCCAAGCAGCUCCGUCCCAGGUCAGCGAGGUCAUCAAGGAGAAGGUGCAGCAGCGCAGCAUCCAGCUGUCCUGGCAGGAGCCCCAGCAGCCCAACGGGGUCAUCACAGAGUACGAAAUCAAAUACUACGAGAAGGAUCAAAAGGACCGGGUGUACUCCACAGUCAGGUCCAAGUCCACGUCGGCCACAGUGAACAACCUUAAGCCCAGCACCUCCUACGUGUUCCAGAUCCGGGCCUUCACCGAGGCGGGCUACGGCACCUUCGGCCCCCGCCUGGAGAUCACCACCAAAGAAGAAACCACAACCACGAUCGUCUCCAGCGAGCAGAACCCCGUUAUCAUCAUCGCGGUGGUGGCCGUGGCGGGGACCAUCAUCCUUGUGUUCAUGGUGUUCGGCUUCAUCAUCGGGAGAAGGUACGCUCUCGCGGGCCCCAUUGACUCUCCGCUCCUGCACUGCGGGUACAGCAAAGCUGAUCAGGAGGGAGACGAGGAGCUCUACUUCCAGUUUACAUUUCCAGGCACCAAAACCUACAUUGACCCUGAAACCUACGAGGACCCUAACAGGGCUGUCCAUCAAUUUGCCAAGGAGCUGGACGCCUCCUGCAUUAAAAUCGAGCGGGUUAUCGGAGCAGGAGAGUUUGGGGAGGUGUGCAGCGGCCGGCUCAAGCUUCCUGGAAAGCGGGACGUGUCCGUCGCCAUCAAGACGUUAAAAGUAGGCUACACAGAGAAGCAGAGGCGGGACUUCCUGUGCGAGGCCAGCAUUAUGGGACAGUUCGACCACCCCAAUGUGGUUCAUCUGGAGGGAGUCGUGACAAGAGGAAAACCGGUGAUGAUUGUCAUCGAGUGCAUGGAGAACGGCUCAUUAGAUGGUUUCCUCAGGAACCACGAUGGUCAGUUCACAGUCAUCCAGCUGGUGGGCAUGCUGCGGGGCGUCGCGGCAGGAAUGAGAUAUCUCUCCGAUAUGGGAUACAUCCAUCGAGACCUGGCCGCUCGAAAUAUCCUUGUCAACAGCAAUCUUGUAUGUAAAGUGUCUGACUUCGGCCUGUCAAGGGUGAUAGACGACGAUCCCGAGGCUGUCUACACAACAACUGGGAAGAUGCAGGAUAUAAUGAAUGUGAUGUUUGCUCCAGCCACUGACCUGCGUUUUACUGAACAGGGUGGCAAAAUCCCCGUCAGGUGGACGGCGCCGGAAGCCAUCCAGUAUCGUAAAUUCACCUCGGCCAGCGACGCAUGGAGCUACGGCAUCGUCAUGUGGGAGGUCAUGUCCUAUGGGGAGCGGCCCUACUGGGACAUGUCCAACCAAGAUGUCAUAAAGGCGAUAGAGGAGGGGUACCGCCUCCCAGCUCCGAUGGACUGCCCCCCCGGCCUGCACCAGCUCAUGCUGGACUGCUGGCAGAAGGACAGAGCCGAGCGUCCAAAAUUCGAUCAGAUAGUCAGCAUCCUCGAUAAGAUGAUCCGCAACCCUAACACCUUGAAAACCCCAGUGGGAACAUGUACAAGACCAAUUAGUCCGCUGUUGGAUCAGAGCACACCAGACUUCACCGCUUUCCGCUCAGUAGGAGAGUGGCUGGAAGCCAUCAAGAUGGAGCGAUACAGAGACAACUUCACAGCGGCGGGCUACAGCUCCCUGGAAUCUGUGGCCAGGAUGUCAAUCGAUGACGUGAUGAGCUUGGGGAUCUCGCUGGUGGGCCAUCAGAAGAAGAUCAUGAGCAGCAUACAGACUAUGAGAGCCCAGAUGCUGCACCUCCACGGCACAGGGGUCCAGGUGUGACCCGCAGUUUGCAUCAUGAGAAACUCUACCAGAACUUAUGGGACGUACCCGGGACAAACGGUCAAAGCUCGUGUCGGACUCCUCGGCUGUGUCUGGAGUGAAACAUUCCUUUGUUCCUCGCUCCGCCUCUUCACAGGCACUGAAGAGAGGAAAAGGACAAACAACCGCAACAAAAAAGAAACUACCUGAACCAGAUGACUUUCUUUACUUACUUUCGUUAGAAGCGCUUAUGAACCCAACCACAUAUCAAAGGGUGCAUUGGAAAGGACUUCUGUUUGAACUUAAUGAAUGAUUGAAAUGCACACCGAGGCUUAGGAUUCUCUCUAAAAAGAACAAAAAAAACAACUUGUCUAAUUUGUUAGUUUUCUUUCUGUCUGCUACGAUGACAUGUUUGGCACAUGCAGCAGUUUGUUUCUCUCUUGUAUUUGGAUUUGACUACAGGGUAAAGGAGAGGGUUUUAUGGUUUCAACCUCUCAAUGUUUUUUAUUCUAGAAUGUUCUGAAGAGUGCAACACUGAAGAGACGCAGGAGAAUCAGCAGACUUUUAUAUCAGAGUAGCAAUAUCCUUGUCUUACUGUUCACCACAGGAAACGCAGUCGCUUGGUUAUUGAGUAGAAUGUUGCAGCACUGUUGAAAUACUUUAUUGAAAUUGAAGCCACCAAUAGUUUUGCCAUCGUUUUACCUAAAAUGUUGCACACAGUGUUUGUUUCGGUGCAUUGUUGAGCUGCAAAUCCAGUUUUUAAAGGUGGCUCCAAAAACAUUGUAGACGUAAUACUGCCUUAAAAAGUGUUAGCUUAAGAAUUGCCACUAUUUUAGGGUCUUCAAUGGCAAUGCUUUCUGCAUUCAUUUAAAGGGUCGACAAGUUUUUCUUGUAGUGUGAUGUCUUUUUAUCGCUGACUAAUCUUGAACUGGUGAAAGUGAGACACGGUGAGCGAAGAAGAGUAGGACUAAACAGAGCAAUAAUUACCAGGUAGAACCGGUCCUCACCUGAGAUUUGUAAGGUUUUAUCAAAUGUGUGUGCUGUGCUGAGACUAACCCUCUGGAAAGAAGUAGUCACCCUCGGAAAGGAAAGUACCUCUUUGACCCAAAACCGGUUCGGAAAGAGCUCGGAAAAACUGCCGUGCCAAGUCAUCAGAUGAAAUAAUCAUGUUGUAUUUUGCCGCUAUGAUAUGCUAAACGUCUGAUGGAAAUCCAUCAUGGCGUGGAAAUGUUAAAGUGAUGCGGCGAUGAAAGAGGCACCGCUUGAACACUAGGAAGGCUCCAUUAGCCAUGCUGACAUCCUUUCCGGACACCGACGCGCUGUCCAGAAAUCAAAGAGCCCCUUCAGGGUUUGGGUCGGGAAAUUAGGACCAAACGAUGGAGCUGGAUCGUGCUGUUGAACCCCCCCCCCCCCAGCCACGCAGCUCCCUUAUUUAUUCAUGUGUCUCCUCCGCUCAUCCCUCACAGGCGAAGAUGUGAUGGAACAUGCAUUAAAGUGUCUCUUAAGAUUGCUCCUCUUUUCCUCCAUACAGCGUUGUAUGGAGAACAGAGACGAGGGGGCUUUGCAGAAGAUGUGCUAAAAGCCAAUCAACCUAUUCCGUGCCAUCUGUCUCCACUUCAAAUGCAACAAAAGGAGAAAGUUUCCAUGUUGAUUAUGUUUCACUGCAGCAUUCUUUGAUAAGAGGAUGCAGUGAUUCAGCUGUCAUGGUGUUAAGGAAAAACCAUCAUGUCUUCAACUCCUGUAGCUACCUGCUAUACAUCUAUGUUUUCAGAAGCUAGAGUCAGGUCAACUGUUUCCUUCUCAAAUGUAUAGAAAAAGAAAAAACUGCACAUUUCACCAAUCCCAGUUUACAUAUUCAAAUCCCCCUUAUCGUCUAACUAACUGCCCCUGAUGCAGAGAUGUGUAUUUACCAAGCAUGGAGGACAACCUAUCUAGCACACACUCACAUUCAAGGUGGGACCUGUGCAUCUUUGCCUACAAAAGAUUUGAACAGUCAAUUUCACAUUUUCUAUGAUUUUCUUUAGCACAGAACUGAUGAGCUGCAAUCAAAUGUUCACUGACAGCAGAAACUGAAAACAGGAAAUGAAGAGUACUGUUGAGUGGGCUUUAUGAAAACAUGCUGAAUGAUAACAGAAAGCAGCAGUUUUAACAACGUGAGAGAGCGUUGAAACCAGGCUGAAAGAAGACAGAGAUUGUUAUGAAAAUGUCCUUAAAAAGCUAGCAUGCGUGUCGGUAUUACACCUAAGCUGUGCUCUCACAAUGAGCCGGCUUUGUGUGGGUGUCUGCUUUGAUCCACUUUCACUGUGGGACUCACCUUUGUGAGGAGACACCAGGAAUUAGUCCUGACCGCUCUGAGCCGUGUCACCAACUCUCUCCCUUUAUCCAUACAGCAGAGCUCAGCAUUGGGCCUUGGCCAGACCUUUGAAUUGAAUACCGGCAUGAAGUCAUUCAGUCAGCACAAAACUCCCUAGUUUACAGGCAGCACUCUCUCACCCACUCCGCCCCCCCCCCCCCCGGCUCCGAACGUCCCGUUUUCCUGUGCUGGGGAAACAGCAGUUUGAGCCAAAUUGAGAUUAAGGCCAGGAUGCAAUCGAUUCAGCGUCACCUGUAACCUUCACUAACAGAAGCUUGUUUCACCCACAUUCAAACUUCAGGUUCUGCUCAACUCUCAACAACAACUGUUUUGUUGUGGCUCUAUAUUAAAAAAACUCAAAGAAUAUAAAAUGUAAGAAAGGCAGAAAAAAGCAGACAGGUGCAGGAUGUAGAGGGCUGGUUGGAAUCAGGAGCAGAAGAUAGAGUACGAAGUUAUUUUUCAAACCUUGUGGUUCAGCAGUUGGAAGUGGUGCGGGGGGGGGGGGGGGGGGGGAUGGUUCCAAAGAGCACUGUUGAUUGUGUCAGAGACGAGAUUUUGAGGGGAUCUUUGUAUAUGUUCUAAUUGUAAAACUUGUACAUUUAUUUAUAUUGUUUUUUACACAUAUUACUCAGUAGAGAGCUCUGAAUACAUUGAAAAUGCACUAUAUUUUUCUAUCUCGCAGAUGAAUUAUUGUCACUCACAAGAUUUCAGUUGUACUUCAUUUUUCAUUUAGGACCAAAGACAGCUGAUAGGAGUUCCAUCUUUACUUUGACUUUCUUUUGAUUUUGCGUUUCAGUUUGUUGUACAGUAAUACAAAUGGUCAAUUUAUUAUUUAUUUCUCUGUGAUGAAAGUAUUGAAAAUGCACUGGUCAAAGGUAUUUUCCCCAACAGCAGAACUGUACGAUUUAAUUAGACAAUUUCUUGUUACAUAGACAAUUCUUUUUGCUUUGUUACAUUUGUAAUAGACUGUACAUAUAUUUUUGGAAAUAUAAUACAAUCUCUAUAGAAGUGU